AGCCCCUCAACAUGGCGGCCACCGGUGACAGUUCUGGUAGUUCUGUGAGGAAGCGACAUAUUGAGGGCAGAAACCCGGAGCCUGAGAGGGAGGAAAGCGGGGAGAAACAUGGAGAAGAACCGGGAGAAGAACCGGAGAAAGACCGGAGACCGCAGAGCCUACAUCCGGGGACUUUCUGGCUCACACGUGUUGUGCUGCUGCGCUCUCUCGCCUGUAUUUACUUGGUGGCGUUCAGCGUUGCUUUCAACCAGAACAAGCAGCUGAUUGGAGAGCGCGGCCUGAUGCCUUGCAGGAGCUACCUGAGCAGCGUGAAGAGGUACGUGGGGGGGAAGAUAGGAAUGGCCGCCUUCGCCUACACCCCCUCCCUCCUCUGGCUGCUGGACUGGAGCGAGAUGGACGCCAACCUGGACGCCCUCGCUGUGGCGGGGAUGGCUCUGUCUGCCGUCGUCCUGGUUACCGGGACGGCCAACAUGGUGAUCAUGGCCUCCCUGUGGGUGCUGUACCACUCUCUGGUCAGCGUGGGACAGCUGUGGUACUCUUUUGGGUGGGAGAGUCAGCUGUUGGAGACGGGCUUCCUGUCGAUCUUCUUGUGUCCGCUGUGGACGCUUUCCCAGGUUCCCCCCCGCUGCCCCCCCUCCCUCAUCAGCAUCUGGACCUUCAGGUGGCUCAUCGUCCGCAUCAUGCUGGGAGCUGGUCUCAUUAAGAUCAGAGGCGACAAAUGCUGGAGAGACCUCACCUGCAUGGACUACCACUACGAGACCCAGCCGGUCCCUAAUCCCAUGUCUUACUACAUGCACUUUUCUCCGUGGUGGUUUCAUCGCUUCGAGACGAUUUCCAACCAUCUCGUGGAGCUCGUGUUCCCGUUCUUCACCUUCCUCGGCCGGAGGAUGUGCGCCGUCAACGGAGCCGUCCAGGUCCUGUUCCAGGCGGUACUGAUCACCAGCGGGAACCUCAGCUUCCUGAACUGGCUCACCAUUGUUCCCAGUUUGGCCUGUUUCGAUGACGCAGCGCUGGGUUUCCUGUUUAGCUCUAAAUCUGGAGCCAAGAAGGCGGUGCUGGAGAUUCAGAAGGAGGAAGCAGCUGGAAGAACACCUAAACCCAGCAAAGGGAUGUUUAUUCGUCGCGUGGUGAACGUCUCUCUGGCCAUUCUGAUUGGCUACCUGAGCGUUCCCGUGGUGAUGAACCUGUUCAGUUCCAAGCAGGUGAUGAACACCUCCUUCGACCCGCUGCGAAUCGUCAACACCUACGGGGCCUUCGGCAGCAUCACUAAGGAGCGUACGGAGGUGAUCUUCCAGGGGACUCUGAGUGGGGACCCUAAGGACCCCGAGGCUCUGUGGGAGGAGUAUCAGUUCCUGUGUAAACCUGGAGACGUUCAGAGGAGACCCUGCUUCAUCUCCCCGUAUCAUUACAGACUGGACUGGCUCAUGUGGUUCGCUGCCUUCCAGACGUACGAGCAGAGUGAGUGGGUGAUCCACAUCGCCGGGCGUCUGCUCUCCAACGACAGCUCGGUUCUCUCUCUGAUCGACUACAACCCCUUCCAGGGCCGAGAAACCCCCAGGUGGGUUCGGGGCGAGCACUUCAGGUACCGGUUCACUCCUCCGGGCAGCAGCAGCGCGGCCGAGGGGAAAUGGUGGCUGAGGAAAAGGAUCGGAGCUUAUUUCCCCGCCGUGGACCUGGAGGGGCUGCGGGGAUACUUCCAGUCCAGGAGCUGGCCCCACCCUCACAUAAAACCUGGCAGCAGGACAUGACCUCUGACCCCUCCAGGAACAAGAGCAGAGACUUCACCUCACACCUGGCAGGAGGACAUGACCCCUGACACCUGGCAGGAGGACAUGACUUCUGACCCCCAGAAACAAGAGCAGAGACUUCAGGGUGGAGGUUAAAGGUCACAGUCAGUGAGAGGGACCAAAACUGGAUCAUAUGGCAAUAUUUCAUGAAGAACAGCUUGAUAAUAUAUACAAUCAAACAUCCUGAGAAGUAUUUUCUGUUUGUAUUUACUGCCUUUUGACUGCCGACAUGCAACUUUGAAACUGCUUCAAUUAAUUGUGUUUAAUUUGUUAUGUUUUUGCAUGUGUUUUUGGAUGGGGCUUUUGUCACCCAGCAUUUUACUCUCUACAAAUUUAAUAUAAAACAAUAAAAUCACAUGUGUUACAAAAUAAAAUACAAGAAAAUGUGUUU